AUGUCCACAGACACAGUACCCCCCAACAAUAACACCAACGCCGAUAUGUACACACGCAACAGACGAGGAUCAAUCACCCAGGCCGCCUUGACCAAUCUCUUUCAAAGAGGGAACUCGGUUCCCAACAGCAAUGGCUUUCCAAAUCAGUCCUCGGGUCCAGUUGACACUAGUCGUCGACGUCUCUCCGUGACCACGCUUGGUCUUUCGGGCACUUCGCCCACAAACACCUCUUUCAUUCGUCGAGGCAGCAUGUCGACAAACUCCAAUAACUCUGAUUCUAUUGAUGAGAGUGCCAUUGAAGAUGACGACAUGUACUCCAAGACUGCACCCACAACACCAUUCGUUCGACGAAUGAGCUUUGGCACUUCGAGCAUGCGCAACAUUCGCCCAAAUGGAAGCCCCGGCAAUGGUAACAGCCCAUCCUCUUCUCCUACUUCUCAAAACGGGCGCCCCGUCCCAAGUGGUCGGAAGGCGUCGCUUGUUGGCUCCCCUAGUCAAGGGUCGAGCCUUGCGGCAGCUUUGUCUGCCGGACGUCGCCCCAGCCUCGCAUCUUCUGUCACACAGGCAAGCAACACCAAAAGUCCAAGAGCCCCAUCUGACAAUUAUAUUUCGCGCCCAGACCAGCAAGGUUUCAACUGGUCCGAGCAGCUUAGGUCUCGUGCCGAGAGUUCCGUCAUCGGUGCUCCUCGGGCUUCCUUCUCGUUUGCCUCCUCCUCCCCACCCCGGGGCUCCAUUCACGACCGGGCGAAAUCUGUUUCUGAGAUGCCGCAGCCUCCUGUCCAGGCUUCUUCUGUCAAGCAGUCGCCGAGACAGCCGGAAAGACCAAAGCCUGAUGCCUUUCAGGAGAGAAUUUUGAAGGGUGACUUUUACAUGGACUGA